AUGCCAGACUUGCUGGAUACCAUUAAUGCUGUGACUGCCCAUCUGGAGGUGACACCUCCUGAUAUGGCCAAGGGAGAACUCAACCCACAAGGCUACACAGUUCCUCUGGAAAUCAGUCUGGGUGUUGCUGUGCAUCAGAGGCCAAAGCCCAGAACCUCAAUUCCUGAAAUAAAGACAACUUCCACAGCCUCAACCAUAGGCUUGGCAGAACACCUCUGUUUUACAGGCCCUGUAGCCUGUGAUGGCAUUACUGGCACCUUCAACAUAUCUUACUGGAAAAGAGAUGUUACCCAUAAGCCACAACCAGGAUACGGCCCUUACUGCUUCAGAAUUAAUGGAUCCAUCUACCAUCGUGCUGGAGCACUACAUCCUGACAAUGAUGAGCCUAGAAAAUAUGCACAGCUGUACAUCCUGUAUUCUGAUGAUGCUGCAACAGCUGCAACUUCCAGAGAUUCAGGGAUGCAAUGCAAAACUACUGCAGAUCCUGAGUGCAUGGAUGGCCAAGUGACUCAGAUGCAGUAUUACCAAUACCGUCUGGCAACAAGACAUACAUUCAAUCCUUUUCUAUUAGCAGGGAAACUAACACAACAAUACAUUGUAGAUGCCUAUGUCAAGGUUGAAUCAAACAGAUUAAACUACAUAAGACAAAACCAAACUCUACUUUGUGUGGAGAAAUACAAAGGCCUUAUGGAUCAUCUGCAGAAUGCUGAAGACGAUUCUGAAACACUGCCAGGCAAAGUACUCAUCUUGCCAUCUUCAUUUCCAGACAGUCCAUGGAAUAUGAUGCAGAACUACCAGAAUGCAAUGGCUAUUGUUCGAGAAUAUGGCAAGCCAGACCUUUUUAUCACCAUGACUUGCAAUCCAAAAGGGCCAGAGAUCACAGAAAACCCACGAGGCCAACCACCCCCACACCGACCAGAUUUGGUAGCUCGCAUUUUCCACCUAAAGCUCAGAGCCAUGAUGAAAGACAUUACCAGAAAACAUAUUUUUGGAGUCAUAGUUGCACAUGUUCAUGUGAUUGAAUUCCAUAAAAGGGGCCUUCCUCAUGCUCACAUAUUAUUCAUAUUAAAAAAGGAAGACAGACCAGAGACAGCGGAGCACAUUGACAAGAUUAUUUGUGCAGAGCUUCCAGACCGGGAAUUAUAUCCAACUCUGCAUGCACCCGUCCUUAAGCAUAUGGUUCAUGGGACGUGUGGGAAAACACAUCUCAACUCACCAUGUAUGAAAGAUGAGAAAUGCACAAAAGACUAUCCAAAAAGUUACCGGACAUCAACUACAGCCAAAAAAGGGGGUUAUCCCAUUUACCGCCGUCGGACAUCUGGAACUACUACUACCCCAACAGGACACUCCAUUGACAACAGAUGGAUUGUGCCAUACAACCCAUACCUACUUUUGAAAUACAGCUGCCACAUAAAUGUGGAGGUUUGUGCUUCUCUGCAGAGUGUCAAAUAG